AUCCUCUGCCGUCUUCCAGAAUCUGUCCCUCAAACUGACAACAUGGCGAGUGUUCGUGCUGCGUCCCGUCUCCUCUCCAAGAGGGUCCUGUCUAAAACAACACCAGUCCCUGCAGCUGCUGUCCAGGGCUCUAGGAACUUUCAUUUCUCCAUCUAUGGCAAGAAGAAAAGUGCCAGUGUAUCAGAUAAUAUUUCAACUCAGUACCCUGUGGUGGAUCAUGAGUUUGAUGCAGUGGUGGUUGGAGCAGGAGGAGCCGGACUUAGGGCAGCAUUUGGCCUGUCAGAGGCUGGAUUCAACACUGCUUGCAUCACCAAGCUCUUCCCCACCAGAUCUCACACUGUUGCUGCACAGGGUGGGAUCAAUGCAGCUCUGGGUAACAUGGAAGGUGAUGACUGGAGGUGGCAUUUCUACGACACAGUGAAGGGAUCUGAUUGGCUUGGAGACCAGGAUGCUAUCCACUACAUGACUGAGCAGGCUCCUGCAGCCGUUGUAGAGUUGGAGAAUUUUGGCAUGCCAUUCAGCCGCACUGAAGAUGGCAAGAUCUACCAGAGGGCCUUUGGAGGGCAGAGUCUCAAGUAUGGGAAAGGGGGCCAGGCUCAUCGCUGCUGUUGUGUAGCAGACAGGACUGGACACUCACUGCUGCAUACACUUUAUGGAAGGUCACUACGUUAUGACACCAGUUACUUUGUGGAGUACUUUGCCCUGGACUUGCUGAUGGAGGAUGGAGAAUGUAAAGGAGUGAUUGCUCUCUGUAUGGAGGACGGAUCUAUUCACCGUUUCCGAGCCAAGAACACUGUCAUCGCAACCGGGGGUUAUGGAAGAACCUAUUUCAGCUGCACAUCUGCCCACACCAGUACAGGAGAUGGAAAUGCAAUGGUGACCAGAGCUGGCCUGCCCUGCCAGGAUUUGGAGUUUGUACAGUUCCAUCCCACUGGUAUCUAUGGAGCCGGGUGUCUGAUCACAGAGGGUUGCCGUGGUGAGGGAGGUAUCCUCAUUAACAGCGAGGGAGAACGUUUCAUGGAGCGCUACGCACCAAACGCCAAAGAUCUGGCCUCCAGAGACGUGGUGUCCCGCUCCAUGACCAUUGAGAUCAGAGAGGGCAGAGGUGUAGGUCCAGAGAAGGACCACGUGUACCUGCAGCUCCACCACCUGCCUCCCCAGCAGCUCGCAGCAAGACUGCCUGGUAUCUCUGAGACAGCCAUGAUCUUUGCUGGAGUGGACGUCACUAAAGAGCCCAUCCCCGUCCUGCCCACUGUCCAUUACAACAUGGGAGGAGUACCCACAAACUACAAGGGACAGGUGAUCACUCAUACCAAAGGAGAGGACAAGGUGGUUCCCGGACUCUACGCCUGUGGUGAGGCAGCGUGUGCUAGUGUUCACGGUGCUAACAGGCUGGGUGCUAACUCUCUGCUCGACCUGGUGGUGUUCGGCAGAGCCUGCGCCCUGACCAUCGCAGAGGAGAACAAACCUGGAGAGACUCUGUCCCCUCUGAAGCCCAGUGCAGGAGAGGAGUCUGUGGCCAACCUGGACAAGCUGAGGUUUGCUAACGGAAGCAUGAGAACCUCUGAGAUCAGGCUCAACAUGCAGAAGACCAUGCAGGCUCAUGCUGCUGUGUUCCGUACCGGCUCCGUUCUGAAGGAGGGAUGUGACAAGAUGGACGCUAUUUACCAGACCAUGGAAGAGCUUAAGACCUUUGACAGAGGCAUUGUGUGGAACACAGACCUGGUGGAAACACUGGAGCUGCAGAAUCUGAUGCUGAAUGCCGUCCAGACCAUCCACUCUGCUGAGCAGAGGAAGGAGAGCAGAGGAGCCCACGCCAGAGAGGACUUCAAGGAUCGUGUGGAUGAGUACGACUACUCAAAGCCCCUGCAGGGUCAGGAGGCCAAGCCCUACGAUGAGCACUGGAGGAAGCACACCAUGUCCUAUGUUGACCCCAAGACUGGAAAGGUGACCCUGGAGUACCGCCCUGUCAUCGACCACUCCCUUGACGAGCAGGACUGUGCCCACGUCCCUCCUGCCAUCCGGUCCUAUUAAGAAGAUCUCCUCUGCUCCACCUUUCCUCCUUCCCCCCCCUCUCCUCGCACAUCCAGUUUCAUAUUUUUUUCACUAUUUAUGGAGCCUCUCUUCCUGUUUUAGAGAUUACAUUUUGGGACAAAUUAUGCUUAUGGCUGCACGUCUGUAUCCAUUUAGAAUAGUGAAAUACAAAACUGUCUUGUCUUUACCCAUCUGUUCCUCUCUUUCAUGUGUGCUUUGCCUUUUUUUCAAACUGUAGCAGAUGCAUUUCAACACGGUUCUUGAUUUUUUUAUAUAUAUCAUAAUGCAUACAAGACAAGUGAGAAACUGUCAGCUUGGAGCAAAAGGACAAUAAACUAGAGCGGUUGACGUGUACCACCACACUUGAUGUCACAUGAUGACAACAAUAGUCUCAUAUUCUUGUCUUGCAAAGCAUUCUAAGCUUCUUUAAUGACUGCUUCUUUGCUCAAGCUCUAUGAAGAGAAGAGGUCGAGGAAGAGUUGGAAACCUGAAACACACAUGUUGUCAUUGACACAGUGGGAAGUUAUAAGUAUGUAAAUAUUGCAGAAAUGUUAAAUAAACAUAACUAGUUAUACUGUAUGUACUUGA